UUUAGGCACCUCAAGCCAUACGUAACCGGCACUGGGCACGAUGUCCAAGUCAAGUAAAAUUGUGCUACGAAUCCAGUCAGCUGAAGGUACUAAACGUAUAGAAACGGAACCAUCGGCCACUAUUAAAGCCGUAUACGAAUUGGCUCGUGCAGCGUCCGUGAAUGAUCACGAUUUUGCAUUGUAUCGCGAAAGAAAUUACACAAAGGAGAUUGUCUCGAGUGCUACGCAAGAAGUUAAAGAUAUUGGUCUCAAACAUGGUGAUAUUUUAUAUUUACGUCCAGUAGAAGGACCCUCGACAUCGAAGGGCACAGAACGGAGUGCAUCAGUGAAUUCGUUAGCAUCAAGCCACAGUUCCUCGCUUAGCAAUGCGACAUUCAGUCGAGAGGCAACGCCAUCGACCAGUUCGAAAACUCCUGCGUCCACAGAAAUGUCAGAAGAUUCGGUUGACGUAGAGCUAUACAAGCAGGACGGGCGUAUUAAGCGAAACCGCGACGAGAAAUACUGUCGCCACAAUUCGAAUGGGUGUUGUGUGCAUUGUUCCCCACUAGAGCCGUGGGAUGAAAACUACCUCAAGGAGCAAAAGAUAAAGCAUUACAGCUUUCACUCCUUUCUUAAGAAGCAAACGUCCGGUAUGACUCGCGGAAAGUUUGUGGCAUUCGAGGACUUAAACUGCAAGAUCAAGUCAGGCUGCCGGGAUCAUCCGCCGUGGCCGAAAGGAAUCUGCUCGAAAUGCCAACCAUCGGCCAUCACACUCAAUCGGCAACCGUACCGGCACGUGGACAACGUGAUGUUCGAAAAUACGGGCAUCGUCGAGCGGUUCCUCAACUACUGGCGUACAACCGGGCACCAGAGAAUUGGCUUUUUGUUCGGCAUGUACGAGAUCCAUCCGGACGUCCCGCUCGGCAUACGUGCACGUGUUGCGGCUAUAUACGAGCCACCACAGGAGAGCAACCGGGAUUCCAUACGUCUGCUCGAGGAUGUUCACGAUGCCGAAGUGGACGAGCUAGCGAGAGCGCUAGGUUUACAGCGUGUGGGGUGGAUUUUUACGGAUUUGUUAAGUGAAAACUUAGCCAGUGGGACAGUGAAACACGUGCGCAACAUUAAGACGCAUUUUCUCACCGCGCAGGAGUGCAUACUGGCCGGACAUUUGCAGAACAAAUAUCCAAACCGCUGCAAAAGCUCUUCGAAUGGCUACUUUGGCUCGAAGUUUGUGACUGUGUGUGUUACGGGUGACGAUAAAAAACAAGUGCACAUGGAAGGAUACGCCGUAUCAGCUCAAUGCAUGGCUUUGGUGCGAGACAGCUGUCUUAUUCCUACCAAGGAUGCGCCUGAGCUGGGAUACAUUCGGGAGUCUUCCGAUAAGCAGUACGUUCCGGACGUUUAUUACAAGGAAAAGGACGUAUACGGAAAUGAAGUGCAGCGUCUGGGACGACCACUACCGGUGGAGUAUCUGCUGGUGGAUGUGCCGGCUUCGACUCCACUCGUUCCGCUGUACACCUUCCACGAGCGGAAGGACGCCAAGCAGUACUUUCCGGUCGAGAACAGGAUGAUCGACGGGCACAUACAGGAUUUUUCGACCCUCGCGGACUAUCUGGAUAAAUCGCGCUCGCUGCCGUUCCUGGAUGUCGUGUCCGAUUUUCACUUGCUGUUGUAUCUGUACCACAUGGAGGAUAUGCUGCCGAUGAAAUCUCAGCUCGGUCCACUGCUGGAAGCGGUCCGGGCUAAGGACAAGAUGAAGGCAAACGAGUGGAAAUCCCGAGAGGUGUGGAAAACGCUCGAGGAGCUGAUCGCAGCCAGCUCGAACCGGGAUGACUCCAGAAUGAGUAACGAUGUCGAGUUUGUGCCGAGUGGCGAGACCGAUCAGAACUGGAUUUGCGCGUUCUGUACGUUCAUCAACAACCGCAACAUGCCGACGUGCGAGAUGUGCAGUUUGCCUAGGUGA